CAAAACCAUUUGCCAACCACAACCACAACCACAACCACAACCACAAACAGGAGAGAGAAAGUUAGUUCCUCGCUGAUUAGGGCGUUUUGCUUCUGUUUGUUUUGCGCUCCAAUAAAUUCAACGAAGAUCGUUUGGUUCCGCGUGGAAGGUAUUGCAUAGCAAAUUUACCAAUUUAGUCUGUCUCCGAGUUCUUAGAAACCCGCUUCUAUAGGUGUUUGUGUGUUCAAUGCAGGAUCUCAUAAAGAUCUAUUGUGCAUAGGCAUCAACCGAAUUGAAGCCUAUUUUAUUGUGAUACCAUCAUGAAGUACUUGGAAUACACACCUCUUGAUCGUAUAAAUGACUUCUUAAGUCAUGUGAAUCUUGGAGAGCGUACCAUCAAAGGAUGCCUUGAAGCGUACUCUUGCAAACAUACGGGAACAGAUAAGAAACUGUCUCUCAGUUUGGAACAUGAGAUUCUUGAUUAUCUUGGAAAAUCUUCAGAUACUGACUCUUCCUCACCAGCUGAAUAUCUAUCUAGUAGAUCCAGCCGAAAGACGUUGAUUUACCUGAUUCUUACACUGUACCACAUCUAUCCUGAUUAUGACUUCAGUGCAGUGAAUGCUCACCAGUUUUUCACAGAGGAAAGUUGGGACUGCUUUAAGCAGAUUUUUGAUACCUACAUGUUUGAAGCAUCAAAGGAAUGGGUUGAAGCCAAUGAGGGUGGUCCUCUGCUGGAAAUAUUGUACAAGGCUCUAGAUGAGGUUGUCAAACUAGCAGAAUGUGAAAUUUACAGUUACAAUCCGGAGUCUGAUGCAGACCCAUUCCUUGAGAGAGGAGCCAUAUGGUCGUUCAAUUUCUUUUUUUAUAAUAGAAAGCAGAAGCGUGUAGUGAGCUUUCGUUUCUGCUGCAUAAGCAAUUUGGUGGCCGAUGGUUUUCUUACCGAUGGGUUAUGUAAUGAGGAAGAUGGAGAAAUAUUUGAUGACAUGGACAUGUGAGUGUAUGAUGCUACUUGGACAAUGUUAAUAUUGUUAAGACUUCCUGGAAGGUCUGUUUGUAUAAAGUUGCUACUCGUUCAGUUGGGAAAAUAGGGUUGCAAAUGCUUGUUGCUUCCUGACCUGUGAUGCUAUUUAUUGUGAUGUAUAUCAGAUGUAAUUCAGGCCUGUGAACAAAUGUAGGGUAAUUCAAGUUCCUUGUGAAUUCUGUUUCUUUUUACUACAAAUUUUUUUAUGUGAAUUAGUGAA